AUUUCACCACUCAAAACGUCCAAUGGAUCUGGUGUUGGAUGCAGCCGACCAACACUUUUUCACGCCCUACAUCUACCCGUCUACAUGGCCGGAAAGCGAUAUUUGGCGUCAACUGCUGAGUCUGUAUGCGAUUACAGUGGCCGGUGGAUACUUUCUCUAUCUCUCACUUUCCUCUCUCAGCUAUUUCUUCAUUUAUGACAAAAAGUUGAUGGAGCAUCCGCAGUAUUUGCCCAAUCAAGUGUCGUUGGAGAUCGGUUAUACGUUGUUUUCUGUGCCGUUUAUGGCUGUGUUGACUGUGCCGCUGUUUGCGUUGGAGGUCAACGGCUACAGCAAACUGUACGAUGAUGUGGACAGUACAGUUGGCUGGAUAUUUGUUGUGAUCAGCAUGGGUACCUUCCUCUUCUUCACAGACAUGAUGAUCUAUUUCAUACAUCGUGGUCUCCAUCAUCGUCUCGUCUACAAGCACAUUCACAAGCCGCACCACAAGUGGAAAGUCCCGACUCCGUAUGCAAGUCACGCGUUUCACCCAGUUGACGGCUUCCUACAGAGCUCUCCGUAUCACAUCUAUCCGUUCCUAUUCCCUCUACACAAACUCACGUAUCUCGGACUUUUUGUGUUCGUCAACAUUUGGACGAUUUCCAUUCACGACGGCGACUACCGUGUGCCUCUUCUGUUACGACCAUUUGUCAAUGGCUCGGCACAUCAUACCGACCAUCACACGUUCUUUGACUGUAACUAUGGGCAGUUCUUUACGCUCUGGGAUCGUAUUGGACGCUCGUUUAGAUCACCAACAGGAUUCGAAGGGAAAUCACCACGAGACGAAGUUUAUAGGAAUACAAAGAAAGCUCAGAGAGAUAAUCGUUCUGUAGCUGAAUUGAACGGGAAGCUCGAGUGACAGCUUGUGUGUGUGUGUGUGUGUGUGUGUGUGUGUGUGUGUGUGUGUGUGUGUGUGUGUGUGUGUGUGUGUGUGUGUGUGUGUGUGUGUGUGUGUGUGUGUGUGUGUGUGUGUGUGUGUGUGUGUGUGUGUGUGUGUGUGUGUGUUAAUUAAAUAUAUUUUAUAUAUUAUUGUGUGGAAAACACACAAAGUACAGACAGUCUUCGUAGUGUUAACAUAGAUUGUUCAUAUAGCGAAUUGAUUGCAGUAAUUAUUGAUGAAAUAGACACAAAGAAAAUUCAA